GCGGGAUUGUUGACAAUGUGAUUUUCGAGCAUAGAUAACUUACUUUCGUUUAAAUUUGACAGAGUUAUGUGAUGCAAUAAAAUAGGAAAAGAAAGAUUGAUCAUCAAAAUAAAUAUUAUAGUAAUUGAGGAAUUGAUACCAUGAGUUUUAGAGAAGAAGACAAGUUAAAGAUUUUGCUAGCUACUGAUUGUCAUUUAGGGUACCUCGAAAAUGAUGCUGUCAGAGGCAAUGAUUCCAUGGUCACUUUUGAAGAAAUUCUCAAAAUAGCAGUGGAUAAAGAAGUUGAUUUUAUUCUACUCGGAGGAGACCUUUUCCAUGAAAACAAGCCAUCUCGCAAGAUAUUACAUGACUGUAUGUCUCUGAUGCGAAAAUACUGUAUGGGGGACAGACCUAUACAGUUUGAAUUUUUAAGUGACCAGUCGGAAAACUUCAAGCACAGUGCCUAUCCCAUUGUUAACUUUGAAGAUUCUAAUUUGAAUGUGUCAGUUCCAAUAUUUUCUAUCCAUGGCAACCAUGAUGAUCCUGCUGGUCCAGGAUGCUUUUGUUCGUUAGAUUUAUUAAGUGUUUCUGGUUUAGUGAACUACUUUGGAAAGUGCAUGAACCUGGACAGUGUUAAUAUAUCUCCAUUGAUGCUGCAGAAAGGGAAAACUAAGCUUUGUUUGUAUGGUUUAGGUUCUAUUCGAGAUGAAAGGCUUCAUAGGAUGUUUCUUGAUGGAAAGGUAGCUAUGUUACGCCCAAGGGAGAAAUGUGAGGAAUGGUUUAAUUUAAUGGUGUUACACCAGAAUCGUGUCAAGCAUGGAGCUAAGAAUUACAUUCCAGAGCAGUUUCUUGAUGACUUUUUGGACCUUGUGUUUUGGGGACAUGAGCACGAAUGUCGCAUUGAAAAAGAGUGGAACGACAAACAGUCUUUCUUUGUCACACAGCCUGGGAGUUCGGUGGCAACAUCUCUGUGCCAUGGGGAAGCAGUUCCAAAGCACAUUGGAUUGCUUGAAAUUACGGGUAAGGAGUUUGAAAUUAAAAAAAUCCCUCUUCAGACAGUUCGGCAAUUCUUCAUCAAAGAUGUUGACUUAGAAGAAACAAGCUUGACUUUGAAUGAACCAGAUAGCAGUGAAAAAGUUAUGGAUUAUUGUCGAGAACUUGUAGAUCAAUUUUUGGAAAAGGCAGAGUCUGAGCAUACAGGUCAUCCAAAGCAACCUAAUCAGCCUCUUAUACGACUGCGUAUAUUCCAUCCACAGACAUUUGAAACAUUCAGCGUACAUCGGUUUGGUCACGCUAUGUCUCCAAAGGUAGCAAACAACAAAGACAUUCUCCAAUUCACUCGUAAGAAGGGGGAAAGACUGAAAGAUACUGAAAUCGAUAAUGAGAUGUUAAAAACAAUUCUGAAGAGAGAAGCCUUAGAUCAGAGUCGAGUUGAAGAUUUGGUUAAAAAAUAUUUUGAACUGACAGAUGAAAAGAAGAGAUUAGCAGUAUUGUCAGAGCUUGGAGUUAGCAAUGCUGUUCAGGAGUUUGUCGAUAAGGAGGUUAAAGAAGCAAUCAGCUGCCUUGUCAAUCAUCAAGUUGAUAAAACCCAAAAUCAUUUAAAGCAAAAAAAAGUUGAAAGUACUGAUAUUGAUGAAGAAAUUUUGAAGUUUAAAAAGGAAAGACAGCAAAAUACUGAAAAAGAAGUGGAAGAGUUGCAGUCAAUACUUAAGAAAGCAAACCAAUCAAUCCAAAAACGGUCAUCAAAUGACAGUGAUGAUGAUGACAUUUUCGCUGAUGAAAUGGAAGUCCAGGCUCCAAAAACUCGAGGUCGAGGAAGGGGUAGGGGAAGUAGAGGUGGAAGGGGUAGUAGAGGUAGUAGAACAUCAGUUGCUUCCCCUGCCAGCGAAAGUUCUUCCACCACUUCAUCACGUCGGAACACUUCUCGAGGAGCAGCUUCAAGAAAGCAAGUAGAAGAAGUUAGUUCAAAACGUAAAAUGCCUAGUAGGAGUGCCAGUAAACAAACAGAUCUGAGUAGUUUUUUCAGUAAUGGCAGAAAUACACAAGAUGAUGACGAUUGUAUAAUAGAGUCUGAUGAAGACGUGGGAGUCAAGAGACGGAAAACAGCCAAACAGAAUGGAAGAAGGGGAGUUGUUUUUGAUUUUUCAGAUUAAUUGUUGAAAAAUAUCCUAUGAUUACCCUACAUAAUAUUCGUUCAACAAAAUCAAAUGUGCAUAAAACUGAACUAAAUGCUAAAAAUAUUUGUAACUGGAAUUGAAAUAUUCUUCUAAAACCAAAAGUUAAACGAUGUAAAUUUUGUUACGUUGUAAUUGUUCAAAAAGUUUUAUUUUGCUUGAUGUCUAUGCUAAAACUUGUUGUAAUUUCAUCGUUGGAAUCUAUUUUUGACCUUCAUUAAAACUCUUUUAU